UGAGCCUCGGUGGUCCAGGGUGCAGGCUUCAAACCUGUAGCUGCUGAGCGGCAGAGUGGUUCAAUUCCACCUUUCGGGCGCAUGAGAAAUAGGCUGAUGAGGAGAUAUGCGAUACAAGUAACCUUUUAACAAAUUAGUGUUGAAAUCUGAACUAUUUUAGACCCCCACGAGAACAUUACUACUGUUAAACCCCCGGAAGCUCGGCCGUGCAAACAACCAAUCAGCGCAGUAAACACUGGUGUCUGUCACAGGAAAUGACGUGUGGUGCCCUUGGUUAGCUUUACAGCGUGUGCUGACUGAGAGGCUAGCAGGCUAACACUGAUCAUGUAAAAUUUAAUUAAACAUCCUCUGUUCGCGUCAUUCCCCGGUUUUGUCCAAUAAAAUGCCUCUACACAAGUAUCCACCAAAAAUCUGGGAAGCCCUGAAGCUGCAGAAGGGCAUCUACGCCCGUUUACCCCAGCACUACCUGCACUCUCUGCAGAACAACGCCCCUCCUUCACCUGUGCACUGGAGACCUCUGGGUGUCAAAUACAGACUCAGUCCUAAAUCUGGACACAGAGAGCGAGUGCAGGAUGUGCCUAUCCCCGUCUAUCAUCCGCCAGAAUCACAGAGCGGACUCUGGGGUGGAGAAGGCUGGAUAUCUGGCUUUAGAUAUGCUAAAGAUGACAAGCUUUCUACAAGACUGCGCAAAACCUGGAAGCCGCAGCUGUUUAACAGAGAGCUGUACAGUGAGAUCCUCGACCAAAACUUCACUGUAACGCUCACAGCUCGCACACUGGACCUUAUUGAUGCUGCUUUUGGCUUCGACUUCUACAUUCUUACGACACCGAAGCAAGAUUUGAACUCCAAGUUUGGAAUGGAUCUAAAACGUGCAAUGCUUUUACGUCUGGCACGGAAAGACACAGAACUGUACCCUCAUGAUCCGUCUCGCAGGGAGAAAAUCUACAACCGCUACAAGCAGUUUGAGAUCCCAGAGGAGGAGGCUGAAUGGGUGGGCUUGAGUCUAGAGGAAGCAGUAGAGAAACAGAGGCUACUGGAAAAGAAGGAUCCAGAGCCUCUUCACAAGAGUUUGAUGAAGAAGCUUGUGGAGGAGCUCGCCAUUAAGAAGCUCUCAGAGCCUCAGAUUGUGGAGAAAAAAUGAUGACUGUUCUCUUCUUUGCCAUCCUCCAUGUCUGUCAUGCAGUCUGAAGAAUAAACGAUAUUGUAUUUAUUUCGUAUUAAAGGGGUGCUAUUAUGCUUUUUCACUUUU